GCUGGUGGCGCCGGGCGGUCGACGUGGCCGUGGAAUGAUCCGACGCGGUUGCGGCGGCGGCACCAGCAACAGCUGAGAUCCCCCCACGCCUCAUCCUCCUCUUAGUCAUCCUCAUCCUCCUCUCAGUCAUCCUCCUCUUAGUCAUCCUCCCUUCCUCCUCGUCGUCGUCCCACCACCGCCACCAUGAUCUCCGUGACGGACACGCAGAAGAUUGGGAUGGGGUUAACUGGAUUUGGGGUGUUUUUCCUCUUCUUCGGGAUGAUGCUGUUCUUUGACAAAGCACUUCUGGCCAUCGGAAAUAUUUUGUUUCUGGCCGGCCUGGCUUUUGUCAUUGGCCUGGAGAGGACUUUCCGGUUCUUCUUCCAGAAGCAUAAGUUGCGGGCUGCAGCGUUCUUCUUUGGUGGGAUUCUGAUCGUGCUUGUGGGGUGGCCGAUGAUCGGAAUGGUGCUGGAAAUAUAUGGCUUCUUCCUUCUAUUCCGAGGAUUUUUCCCAAUCGUGAUUGGAUUUAUCAGGCGAAUUCCAGUUUUGGGGUCCAUAUUGAAUUUACCUGGAUUAAGUUCGCUGGUGGACAAAAUUGGAGAGAGUGACACGAUGGUGUGAUAUGCUUUCCACUAAGAAAGAUCAAAGAACAAGACUACAGCUCUCUGUGCAGUGCGUCAAGAUGUUAAUGGCAUAGCAACACAUUUAAAAGAAAGCCCUCCAAACACAGACUGGACACUGGAGGUCUAAACGCAUUGUCUGGAUAAAAGUGUUUAUUAUAUUGGAUCAUAAACACUCUGCAUGGAAACACAAGCGCCAAGACUUUGUUUUUUGUAAUUUAUUUUGCUUAAUUUUUAUAAGACCCCAUUUUGAGCUUUUGAAGUGAAAUACUGUAAUAUUAAUGCAUUACUUGGUCAUUAGCUGAUUCCAAUGAUUUAAGAAUUAAUGUUCUGUUGGCGGUAAUAUCAAAUUAUUGUGUUUAAUCAUGCAAAAAUACUUUGAUUUGAGCGAGUUGGAAUAUGUAAACAUUUUAACUCCACGCAGUCGCAUUUAUAAUGAAGCAAGGUUAAAGCUUUUCAGUAGAAAUUCAAGCAUGCAUCUUAUGCUUGAUAUUUUGAACUUUCUGUAGAAACAGAGGCAUUUCAAAGGUUUGAUGUAUAUUUCUACUGCUUAGAUUGUACACAAAACACUAUCCAUGUUGUACGUGGUACAGUGAUGUAAAAUAAACUCCUUGUUAAGUUCUGUAAGAGCUGUUUUAUGUCACGUGCUUUAAAUAUUAGCAUUAAAACAUCUGUACAAUUCUGCAAUCUUGCAACUUAAAAUACUGUACAUCCAAAUGUUUCAUUGAAACAAAAAUAGCAGAAACACGGCCUUUGUUGGUGCUGGUAGGGACACAGACAAAUUAUAUAUUUGAAGUUGACUUACUUUUAGCAAUUGAAAGUGUUUUGAAACGUUAUUUUUGUAGGCAUGUAACGAUUUGUUGAGGAAAAAAAAACAUUUUGUCCACCGCAUUUUACGCACCACUAGAGGCGCUAAAUUUCAUCGCAGUGUUGAAUACAAUUCGAUUCUUGAGCCGAAUUGCGGUAGUGUUAAUUCACCAAACCGUGAGUGGACAGAUGGUUACAUGCCUCGUCUUCCAUAACGUGUCUGCUAUGAGCGUGUGGCGCCACUAGGCGGUGCUGUACACUCAUCAAUGCACUGAGUCAAGGCCUGUAUAAAAAGUGUGCUUAAUUUUAAACUGACAAAUGUUUGUUUCGAGCUUUUACUAUGAUUUGGAAAUGUAUAUUACACAAUAUUUAACCCCUAGUUUGUUUGGGGGGUUUUAAUUUUAAGCAAUUUUUUUACGUGUAAACGCAAAAAGAAGUGGCAAGGGCGUGUUGAUUUUGCCAUCAAGAAGAGCUCUCGUCUCCUAUCAGUUUUGUAAGGGGCCUUAAUCUUCAAACUUGAGACAAGCAAGCGGAAUUGGGUUUUGAAUUAUUUACGAAAUGUAAAGGCAUACAAACGUUUACAUUGAAGGGUGGGCCUUUUGUGCGACAUCAGGAAUUGUGUACACUUUUUUCCAUACAGAUGAUGAAAUCUUGCUGGUUUAACAUCGUCUUUAACAAAAAAACUGCAUCAAUAGGUGUAAAAUAAACGGACAGCACUUA